AUGGUAGCCAAAUUGAAACUUGGCAGUAAAAGAGCUUGGUUCUACUGUAUACGUCGACGUUCAUCUCGACAAAGACGUAUUAUUCUCCGUCUGGCAUCAAAUAUUGGUUCAAUUAUUCUUUUUUUCGGUUUUUUACACAUAUUUUUGACAUCAUCAUUACCUCCCAUAAUUGAUCAAGACCAUAAUUCUGUUCAUACAUCAUUUGAUCAUUUGAUUCCAUCAGAUAGUUUUGAUUUAUUCUGGACAAUGUGGAAUACAGACGAAUCAACAUUUCGUGAUCGUCGCUUACUUGUAAUUGAUUCACUCUUUAUUCAUCAUCCACAAGCGACUGUCAUUGUACUUUCGCCAACACUUAAUGAUACAAAUUUAUUUUUACCAUAUCGUCAGCGUGGUUAUCAAAUUUAUUCUAUUAAUAUAUCUCUUGAUCGAAUGAUUCAAUGGCAUUGGUAUGUAGGUGAUCGAUCACGAAAUUUUCUUAUUCAUUGGAAUACAUUAAGUACUUAUUUUUAUUCACAUAUGAAUGAUUAUGUGAGAGGAAUAUCAUUGUAUCUUUAUGGUGGAACUUAUAUCGAUAUGGAUAUAUUAAUUUUACAACCAUUACCUAGACAUGAAUUUAUUGGAUUCGAUCGAUCAGAUUCAAGUGAAAGUUGUUUAUGGUGUGUUAAAAAUACAUUAGGACUUUAUUUAUCACCUAGUUUGAUGCGUUUUCGUUCUCGUCGAAAAGUUCUUCGUGAAAUUCUUGAAAAUACGUUUGAUCAUCAAGUUUAUAAUGAAUCUUGUUUUAAUUGUGUUGGAUCUAAAGCAUUUACUGAACAUAUUAUUCAACAUCGAGAUAUGAAUGAUAGUCAACUAAUUAAUUUAAAAUUCUUCGAGCCAUUUCGUCUCUAUCCAUUUACAUGGAGAAAAACACUAUUAAUAUUUCAUAAUGUACAAAAAGAUGCAUCAUUACAAUUAGCUGAUUUAAUGAUAAGAAGCUAUUCACUUCGUUUUUUUGGCCAUAUCAGUGAUCAAUUUAGUAUAGUACAUGGAUGUUUAAUUGCUUUUCUUUUCGAUCAAUUAGAUCUUGGUGUUGUUCGACCGAAAAUUUUGAAUCGAGGUGGAAAAAAAACAGUUGCACGUGUUAUUCAUCUUCCACUUUAUAUUUAUACUGAUCGAAAACAAGGACGAUUUCUCGGUCGUGACGUUAUUUAUUUAAGAGCAGGUAAAAGAAUAUCUGAUGAAAAUGUGAAAUGGAAUAUCAGUAUUCAUGUAUCAAAUGGAACAAUCAUUUAUUCAAAUACAAGUUUUCUAUCAAAUCUUAAUCAAGCUCAAAUUAAUAAAAUACUAAAUGAAAUAUCAUAUCAACCAUAUGAAUCAACAUCUAUAGAUACAUUAAAUAUUUAUCUGACAACUAGUAAAACAUAUAUUAUUUCUUCAUUGACUAUUGUUGUUUUUUCUAAAUGGGUUACCUUUCUCGUAAAAACAAUGGAAACAUCGGAUCAAUGGUCUGUAAUACAAAGACUUGUUACAAGUGUGGAAACACAUUAUCCGCAAACGAUUAUUCAUAUUGCCAGUAAUUUAGAUCAUCAAUCUAUUUAUCAAAAUAUCUUACUCAAUUUAAUUUCAUCUGAUGAUACUAAAGGAUACAGUUCAAACAAAAUUACAUUUAUUUAUAAUAUUCCAGAGAAUAACGGACAAUCCAUUUCUUAUAAUUAUUUAGUAAAUGCAACAUCUACACCAUUCUUUUUUCUUAUAAAUAAUAAUUUUACAAUUGAAGAAUAUCCACAUAUUGAUUUAUUAUUAGAAUUAAUUUAUACUUAUAAACAUAUUGAUAUUAUUGCUGGACAAACAUCAGAAAAUAUAGAAGAAUUAAAUAAUUUUUCUAGCUUUUUUCCUGGUAACAAUCAAACACAAGAAUUACAACAUGACAUAUCAGAAGAUAAACAAGAUCAAGACUUAUUUAUUCCAUCAUUUGAUGAUAAAGUUGAUCCGGAUAAAACAAAUCCAUGUCAUCAAGUUGAUUUUUUGCCAGAUGUAUUUAUGGGAAGAAAAGAAUCACUUCGUUCAAUUGAUUGGGAUAUUUUUUUUCAAUCGAAAGAAGAUGAAGAUUUUUUCAUACGAUCCGAUCAAGCUAGUCGAACUGUAUACACAUGCCAAUUUAUUUAA